UCAGGAGACAAGGAAGCACAUUCACGUAUAAGAUUGUUGCUCCCGUACUCCACGAUUGUAGCUUGUUUUCCGCAUGCCUAUUUUAGAUUUUUGGUUCAACAGCUGGUUGGGAGCUGCAUUUGAAGUUAUAUUCUCGAUUGUCUCGAUUCCAUUAUAUUUGGUGAAGGCCUCGGCUGGCUUAAACAUUUGGUAACAAGCUCUGAGAUAAUGAACAUCAUAUUCGGAAUAUUGAGCUGCUUGAUGCUCCCCAUCCUGAUGGCCAGUGGUAAAAAGAGCUGUGACGUGGACGCGGAGGUUGAGGUUGGAAGAGGGUUCGCUUUCGAGUCCCUCAGGUUUCCCAAAAAAUAUCCGCCCGGCACCAGCUGCACGUUGCGAGCUGUAACCAAAUUGACUAAUGACACGUUGAGAAUGAGAUGUAUAAUUGACAUCCCCGAAGAUCCAGGAUGCCUCAAAAAUAGAUUCGUAGUCGAGAGAGACUACGGUGACGCGGCGCUGCUGGUUACGGCAGCUUACGGCAAGGAGGAAUUCACGGAUACUAGUUUCUGGCCACACCACAAAGCACAUAUACAUGCCAAACUAACUACUUCCGGGAAUAAAACGGGCAGAUUCUUUUGCUUAAUCACAGCCGAAAGUUUCCCAGAAGUAGACAUUGAUAACAAUCAAAACAUUAUUGGAAAAUAAUAUUUUAAUAAAAUAAAUCCGUCCUUCCGUCUCGAUGAGCGUACAUAUCUCGGAGAUUCAGUGUGGAGGCUACAGAGAUAUUACACGGUGGAAAGUAACGAAAUUUUCUCGCGUUCCCCCGCAAAUAGCAAAUAGACCGCAAAAGCGAAUAUCCGAAUGUAGCCGUUAAAUCGUCCACCUUGGAACUGCCUGGUCAGGCGGCAAUCUUUUUCUCUGAGGAUUGUCGGCUGACAGCCAACAGCCGAGAAAUCGAAUUAAAGUCAUUUCAAAUCAAAUUGAAUUUGUUUUGCCGCCUGUUAAAUGCUCUGUGGCCUGCACAGAAAGCAGACAGAAAGGCUAUAUCGACUCGCCUAUUGAUGCUGAUCAAGAAUAUAUGUACAUCAAUACGAAUCUGAGAUAUGUACCUCUAUACUCUUUGAGUACCGAAUAUCAAAAUAUAUAUUUUGCCGCAUGAAUGAGUCAAUAAAUACUGAUAA